AUGAUUUCAACAAAACCGAAAUUUCAUCCAUGUCUCAAUUCGAUUGAAACAACUGUUCAUCAGCCAUUACAAAUCCGAACGAAUAAACAUCGUUGUUUCAUCUUUUGCGUUGAACAUACCUCACUAACGUGUGUACCAGGAAUCGGAAAAAUGAAUGAACGUCUUUUAAAUCGAUCGGGAAUCUAUAACCUUUCGGCACUCUAUGCGAAAUAUCGUUCGAUGAAGAAUGCUCAGCGAUUUAAACAAUGGUUACAAGAUGAAAUCGGUUUUACGUCAUAUCAGGCGAAAAUGACAACAUGUGGAAUUAGUUCGAAAUUGGGAGACGUUCGGGAAGUGAAUACGGGCUUAAUGCCAAUCUGUUGUCCGAGAAAAGGACACAAAAAUAAAAGAUUUAAAAGUAAAAAAUCAGAUGAUGAUGAUGAAGAAGAGAUAAACACGAAGAUCGAUCAUUCAUUACUUCAAGAGGACAAUUCGCCAAUAGAGCAGAAACCAAAUCUAAAGAAAAUUCUAAAGAACCAACCGAGUCAUUCCCCACGGACUUUGUCAAACAAUAUUGAUUCAAAUAAAGGUGCAAUACGAGUUGUCGAUAGCUCUGAAAAGAUUCCUGACGCUGUCAAACAAGACUCAGAUGAAUCGGACUCAGUAUUUACGAAGAAUAACACGACCAAGAAAAAGCCGGAUUCUCCAUCAGUUCAUGACGGUAAUAAAGUAAUGAACGAAGAAUCCGAUAAUAUCUUAUCGAUUAAUAAUGAUAUACGCUUGAACAUGAAAUCGACUCUUGGUGGUGACAAUCUUUUAGAUCUGAUGAAAGGACAGAAAAUACAAAACAGUCGAUUUAAGAGAAUACAUUUAUCAGAGUCCGAUUGGAUUGAGAAUGCUACGAAUUACGGAAUUGAUUCUGAUCUGUCAUCAAUAUCACAUGAGACACCACCGAAUACUAAACGCAGUGGAAGUAAUUCAACUACCAAACCAUCCUAUUUAUUAUCUUCUUCAUCACCACCCUUACAGAUAUUGCCAAACAAUCAGCAGGACACAUCUUCUCAAUCUCCAGCUAUUGCAUCGUCUAAACAUGAAAGUAGUGCAAAGAAGAACGUUACGCCGAACUCGCGUCAGACGUCGUCAGCGUCGAAUUCUCCAACCCUCAAAAAGCAACUUGGAAAUAACGACACAAUCGAGUAUCCAGAUGUAUUUUCUAGUGAUUAUUCAAAAUCGCCCAACGAUACAAAUCAAACUUCGUUUACUACUGUCACUCCUAUGUCAACUGAUGAAAACUUUCAAAAACAAACAAAUGUUGUCGCUCACGAAAGUCUUCAUUCAAAGCGAUCUAUUGUGAUCUCACGAACUACGACGCCAUCAAAGAGUGUUUCAUUCAUCAACGAUUCGCCAACGAGACCAGCUAUUCAACAACCGACUUUACCGGCAAAUUUAUCUUUCGAAACAUUGGAUAUGAUUCCAACGAAAGAAGGAAAGUCUCUGUCAACACUCUCAUCACUUUCAAAUGAACAGCCAUUGCAUUCACCUCACACUGUUCGUUUUGACGAAAACGAAGCCAGUAAACUUUCCAAUUCUGAUAACAUUUCAACAUUGUAUGAGUCUACUCGUGAAAUCAACGAGAUUUCUUCCACCACUUCUCCUCCAUUCCAUCACGAAAAAGUGAUUCAAUGCGAUGACUCCACGAUAACACCUCGUGCCAAAACUCAAUUGCACUCCACAGAACGGAUAAUGGGAGCCCAAUCCUUAGAAGAAAAUCCUCCGAUGCCGACUCAUUCUUCAAACGAUUGUAGUAGACACGAGACACAUUCUGGUGUAUCUCAUCUAAAACGUCAACCAACUGUGCGCCUAUCAUCUCCGUCGCCAUGUUUGGCUCUUUGGAAUAACAUUUCCCAUGAAAAGCUCAUCAGGCAAUAUAAAAAUCGUCACUUUACCUUAGCUAAACAAACACCAUCAAAUCAAAAAAUAAAUCAAAAUGAUUAUAAUCAAAAUUAUCAUUCGUACACCACCUUGUUCACAUAUAUCGCACGGCGACAAUAUUUUCGAGAGCAACAAGCUCUCAAUGAGCACAUUCUUUAUAUUAAUCCAGCGAAAAACUUCUGUAAAAAGUGUCCGAACGAUUGA